GGAACUGAAUAGUGUUGCACCGGGUGUAACCAACAAGCUAAUGGUAAGCUAGUUAGAUGUAGCCAGCUAGCCUUAGGUUCUUGUCGGCGUACGCAGAUUAAGAAGACCUAUAUAUGCACGACUACUGUGCGACACAAACGAAACACGUUGUUGUGUUGUUGUGUCACCGGUGCGACAUUGCUGCAGCCGACAAGUUGUUUUCAUCAUUAAGGUCUUGCUUGUCCUGUUACCUGGUUAGCCCCUUCAGCUAAUCACAGUGGCGUAUGGGUGUCAAAGUUAGCUGUGACUUCACUGGGUAUCUGGUUGCCUGAUUUCACAUUCCGGACACGUCAAGGGUUCCUCAAACCUGUAGCAAAUUUGGGGCUGCCAUGUCGGAGCCAAAGACCCCCACUCCUACCCCAGCUGGUGACACUUACAAAGGAUGGGUAUUCAAAUGGACAAAUUACAUCAAAGGUUAUCAGCGGAGGUGGUUUGUCCUGAGCAAUGGAUUGUUGUCAUACUACAGAACCCAGGCAGAGAUGGGCCACACGUGUCGGGGCACAAUCAACCUGGCCACAGCAACAAUCACUGUGGACGAUGCCUGCAACUUUGUUAUCUCCAAUGGAGGAGCACAAACAUAUCACCUAAAGGCUAGCUGUGAGGUGGAACGGCAGCGCUGGAUCACCGCGCUUGAGCUGGCCAAAGCAAAAGCAGCACGCAUGCAGGCUGAGUCAGAUGACUCUGGGGAUGACUUUUCCCCAUCAUCUGCGCCUGCGGCACCGGGACAAGGUGGGAGUUCACAGAACUCCGAGGUCCAGUCUGCUCUCAGAACACUAGGCAGCAAGGUGGAGGAUCUCAGCACAUGCAAUGAUCUGAUCUCAAAGCAUGGCUCUGCCCUCCAGAGGUCUUUAUCAGAACUGGACAAUUUGCGUCUGACUGGAGAGGCUGGGGAUAAGAUUCGUCAGGUCACAGAGAGGGCCACGCUGUUCCGCAUCACCUCUAAUGCUAUGAUUAAUGCUUGCCGAGAUUUUCUGGCUCUCGCUCAGGCUCACAGUAAGCGAUGGCAGAAGGCCCUGCAGGCUGAACGCGAGCAGAGAAUGAGGCUGGAGGAGACUUUGGAGCAACUGGCCAAACAGCACAAUCACCUUGAAAGAGCGUUCAGAGGAGCUGCACAAGCUAAUGCUACAGCAGACAAUAAAAGUGCUGUCGGGCCAAGAAAAGGUGAGGCCAGCGAUGAGGACGAUGACAAUGAAUUCUUUGAUGCCAUGGAGGAAGCUCCUGAGUUUAUCACUGUACCUGCAGACCUGCAAUUCCACAAAAGAUCCAGCAGUAAUAUCAGCGGUUUCAACAGUGAAAUGUGUCCUGAUGAUCAGUCGCUUAAUGAUGAGCCUCUUGCGAUGAACCAAGAGUCCCCCUCUCAGGAGAUGGUGCCCCUGAAGAAGAGGCGAACACGCAUCCCAGACAAACCCAAUUAUUCUCUCAACCUGUGGAGUAUCAUGAAGAACUGCAUCGGCAAAGAACUGUCUAAGAUCCCAAUGCCUGUAAACUUCAACGAGCCCAUCUCAAUGCUGCAGCGGUUGUCAGAGGACCUUGAGUACCAUGAGCUGCUGGACAAAGCUGCCAAAUGCCACAGCUCCCUGGAGCAGAUGUGCUACGUGGCAGCCUUCUCCGUGUCCUCAUACUCGACCACCGUCUACCGCACGGGCAAACCAUUCAAUCCUCUGCUGGGAGAGACAUAUGAGCUUGACCGCCAGAGAGAGAGCGGCUACCGCUCCCUCUGUGAGCAGGUGAGUCACCAUCCACCUGCAGCAGCACAUCAUGUGAUUUCUGAUCGAGGAUGGACUCUGAGGCAGGAAAUCACUGUUGCCAGCAAGUUCAGGGGAAAAUAUCUCUCCAUAAUGCCUUUAGGCACAAUUCAUGCAGAGUUCGAAAAAGGCAACCAUCACUACACAUGGAAGAAAGUUACCACCACAGUUCACAACAUCAUUGUUGGAAAAUUGUGGAUUGAUCAGUCAGGAGAGAUUGAUGUUGUGAACCACACCACUGGAGACCGCUGCCAUCUGAAGUUUGCUCCUUACAGCUAUUUUUCCAGAGAUGUAGCCCGAAAGGUGACAGGAGUGGUGAUGGACAAAGAUGGCAAGGCCCACUACGUGCUGUCUGGGACAUGGGAUGAGAAGAUGGAAUUCUCCAGAGUGAUGCAGAGCAGCCGAGGUGGAGAGAACGGAACUGAGGGAAAACAAAAGACUGUUUACCAAACACUGAAAGCCAGAGAAGUGUGGAGGAGGAACUCUCUUCCUGAGAGUGCAGAGACCAUGUACUACUUCACUGCUUUGGCCCUGACCCUAAAUGAGCCUGAUGAGAGUGUGGCCCCCACUGACAGCCGGCGAAGGCCCGACCAGCGUCUGAUGGAGGAUGGUCGCUGGGAUGAGGCCAACACUGAGAAGCAGCGGCUGGAGGAGAAGCAGCGCAGCGUCCGACGAGAAAGGGAGAGGGAGGCUGCCAGCCAGCGCACCUCCAGCCAAUCAGAAGAAGCUGUCGAUGAGGAUUCUUUUACUGAUCCCUCCUUAAAAAGCAAGUAUUCCUCUUUUUGUCUCUCUCACAGGCUUCUAGCUUUCAUUUCUGUUCUGAUCAUCAAAUCAACUUUUUCUGCAACAAAUGUAUCCUCUCUUUCAGGUGCACCUCAUGACAAUUAUCAGGCUCUUUGGUUUGAACGCUGUGAGGACCAGAUCACAGGUGAGCAAGUCCAUCUCUAUAAGGGAGGCUACUGGGAAACUAAGGACCGUGGGACCUGGGAGGGAUGCCCAGACAUAUUUUGACCUCUGUGUUAAAUGGAAAGUGCCCCGAAGAGACUGAGCCAACAAAGCUGCCUGGUGGCCUGCUUGUACCACCCAUGUGGACAGCUGUUUUCCUCCACUGGCUCUCUGUUCUAAGAGAUCUCCAGGAUUGUCACUGCUGUCUCACGCAGAGGGAGCAGGGUUUCCUCUGGCUUCUCCUCGAGUCUUAGCGUCUACCCCUUUGUUGCUGUCACACAUCUGAGACGGCUCGAGUGCAACUAUAUUUGGUGCUGCUUUGACUCGGGCCAGGCUGGACACAAAGGGGAGGAUAUAAAAUGGGCAGUGCUUCCAAAUCUGUAGUAGAUCAAUCUUAGUCUCUCUCUGCUGAAAUCUGUUCAGUCUCUCGGCUCCGGAGUAGAAGAGGUUUCAUGCUGAAAAAACUCCCUGUGAAAUUAAAUAAUGUAGUGUACCUGUUUUCAUCCUCAGCAUUGUGUGCUUUGUGUAUAACUCUAAAAAAAAAGUGGGUAAAACCUGGGUAAUAUAUAGAUUUAUAUGCAGUAUAAAUAUGAUUUAAAUAAUUUCAUUCAAAUGUCAACUGGUGGCCUUCAACAUGUUAGCAAAGAUUUCUUGUUUAUCUCUUUGAUUUAGUGUCUUAAAGUAAUGAAGUAAAGGUUCUAGUGUGCUUGUGUGUAUGACUGCGUAUCUGUUCUUCCAUCACUUUAUACUUCUGCUACUUUGCAGGUAAAUAAAAAGGAAAAAUGGUUAGUCCAAAUACCAGUUGACCCUU